UCUAGUCUCAUCAGGGCUUCUGAGAUGCCCAGCAUGAUGUGCUCAUCCCGUGAAGAGGGCCUGAUCAGUAACAGUGCUAUAUAUCAAAGUAUAGCAGCAUCGCUGCUGUCCACCCCUCAAGCAGGUCGACCUGAGAGUCCAAUGGGCUCUAUGGAAAGAGAUGACAUUUUGCUCCACGGUUACAAUCUUCCUUUGGGCUCCAGUUCAAUGGAUACAGCACCUUUCAAAAUGACCAGCCAAACAUCUGCCGCCUCAGCUAUGAUUGGUCUGUAA